AUGGCAACGACGCUGACGCCGCCGCCAACACCAACAAGCGACAAAGGAACGACGCCGCCACCGCCGACGCCAACAAGCCGCAAAGGAACGACGCCGCCACCGCCGACGCCAACAAGCCGCAAAGGAACGACACCGCCGCCGACUCCAGCAAACUACGUUCCGCAUUGGAAGACGACUAUAGAUGCGAUUUUUGGAGCCGGUGCUCUGAACCUUUUCACUUUUGGACGAUUGGCGAAUGGACCCCCUUCACUUGAAGUGCAGUCUAUGAGCUAA